AUGUCCACAACGGUUGGUGUAACGGUGAACUCUAACGCAAAGUUAUCCGAGGAUUCACUGAUCAGUACGUACGUUGAACAUUGGCCGCCAGCAGAUGGUGACUUGGAGGUGUUCAAUAUCAUCAAAGCGCGCCGAGACUGUGAUCCAGGCCAAUUCGAGACAUUCAUCCCGAAGACUCCUCAGGCUUUCAGAAUGCAGUUCGUCUCCAAGAUCGUCUUGGCACUCACUGUCAUCAGCAACGCCAUGCUUGCCGUUGCUCUCCCAAACCCUGCCGCGCAAGUGUUGCCGGUAGGCGAUGGGACGCCGGACUCCAGCAAUGGCAAUGGCGGCCACAAUUAA